AUGACGCUCCUCAUCAGUAAGCCCUACGAAUCCAACGUUGAGGAGAAUUUCCACCUCUCCCUUUCGAACCUUUGGCUGAACUGCCAGGGAGAAACCAUCAAACCCUGCCGGCCUUUCUCUCCUCCUCCUGACCUCAUUGAUUUCUCCUUCCCCAUCCUCCCAUCCUCCACUGACACCUACGCCGCCGACGAACUGUUCCUCCACGGCCGUCUACGCCCCUUCAAAGCUUCCCAGCUGCCUCUGGCAGCUAACAUACUCGAAGUAGAGCAGCCCACCACUCCACAUUUCAACCACCGCCGCGGCGGAUCUCUCGACAGCCGGACUCUCCGGCCCCGAGUCGAAUCUCAGAAAUCCGAUUAUCAGAGACUGAGAAGGGCAUCUUCCGACCCGAGGCCGACGCCGGGGACGGGAACUUGGCAAAAAUGGCCCCUUUUUGUUCUCGGCUCCGUGAGAUUCCCCGCGGAGAUGGAGAUGAAGGACAUACGUAACCGGCAGAGGCGGCGUGGCACGCCGGCAACAUUGGACGAUUCAGCAGAGAACGGCCGGCAGAAGAAUCGCUGGAGAAUUCUUCGCGCGCUGAGCUGCAAGGCCGCUGAGCACUCCGCCAUCUCUCCGGUUCCGGCCACCGGCCGUUUCUGUUCUUAG